GCGCCGGGGCCGCGCGCAAUCGAACAGUGGCCUGCCCCGACAAAAGGUGUCGAAGAACACGUGACGAGGCUGUCUUGUGCUGCCUGGCAACCUCUCGGGCAGCCCCAACACACAGCCCCCAACACACUCACUGGACAGAUCCUGGACAGCCAAGAAGGAUGUCCCUCGCCUCCCAGCCGGCGACGCGCGCUGGCGGCCCGCGCCCCGACGACUCUGAUGAUGAGGACGACGACGGCCCGCCCGGGGACUUGUACCAGCCCUCCCACUUCCAGGACACACAGUGUGGGGACCUCGCGCAGCCGUCGCACUUCGGCACCGGCGAGUCGCUCGCGGAGCUGAGCGCGCGCAUGUCGCAGCUCGAGAGCGUGUCUCGAAGGAACACGCGCGGUUCGAUGGAGAGCGCCGCGUCGAUGCGGUCGGGGCCCACGACGGCGGCGUCGAUGCGCGCUGCAGCCGCAAGGGCAGCCGCGAAGAAGAAGUCGAACCCGCCGACCCCCAAGCCGCCGACGCCGCCGCCCGAGCUGCCGCCGGAGCCACCGACCCCGGCGCCGCCGCCCGACGAGGACGUCCCCUGGGUCGACAAGCUCGGGUCCUUCCGCGACGAGAAGGCGCGGACGCCGAGAGCAUUUUCAAGAGACCCCGUGAGCGUGGGCGUCGUGCGGCGCCAGUACCGCCAGCGACGACGUCGGGAAGAGCGGGCCGAGAAAGCUAGAAUAAGGAAGCCGCGGCCUGUACAACCCCGACGCGAAAGUUCUUCUAGUGAAGAGGAGCCCGAGGCGCCUCUUUUCCACGAUCCGCCGGACGCGAAGAAGCUCUACAAUCUGAGUUUCGGCGACGUCGUCGAGGGGACCUCCAGAAGAGAAUCAUUGGUGAAGUCCAUCGAGGACGAGCUGAGGGACGGGGGCACCGUUUUGUUGGUGGCGGACCCGUCAGAAAAUGAGAACGACGAGGCGUCGUGUAGGGCCGUGCUGCGGACGCUGCACAUGGCGCUGCACCCGAAGCUGCGGGACCCGAUCCCGCCUUUACCUAUCAAGCGGGCGGACGGGGCCUUUGGGAUGACUCUUCGGGCGCCUCCAUCUAGGGUCCCGGCGGCGCCGUUUUAAGUGUGUGUUUUAUCU